AUGCGCGAAGGGCUGAGCAGCGCUUGCGACGCCGCCCGGCCGCGGCUCUGUCGCUUCCUGCGCAGGAUCUUCGGCCCGAAGGUCGCCAAUCGUGUGGGCCCAGCCAGCCCAACAACACAGGAUGACCCUAAGGGUCGCAGACCUGCCAAGCACCAAAAUGGUUCCCCUCAGCUCUUCACCGGGACAGCCCAGAAUGUUCCAGAAUCCCAGGACAAGCUGCAUGUGACUCCAUCAACCCGCCCACAGCAUGUAAGGAUCAAAAACUGGGGCAGCGGAGAGAUUUUGCAUGACACCCUUCACCAUAAAGCCACAUCGUUCCUUACUCUGACUUUAGAAUUCAUGCUAUGA